UGGAUCAUGCCCCGCUGCGUCUUCCUGCGGGGCCAUAGGCGAGGACUCCGAAUCUGCAACUGAGAGCUUAAACUUUUUUGACUUUUCUUCUCCCCAACAACUGAACCAUGCCAUGUGCUCAGAGGAGCUGGCUGGCAAAGCUCUCAAUGGUGGCUCAGAUCCUUAACUUUGGGGCUUUUUGCCACGGGAGACAAACUCAGCCCCGCCCGGUUCGCUUCCCAGACCCGAGGCAAGAACAUUUUAUCAAGGCCCUGACAAAUUACCAUGUGGUGAGUCCAGUUCAAGUAGACGCCAGUGGACAUUUUCUGUCCUAUGGUCUGCAUCACCCUGUCACCAGCAGCAGGAGGAAGAGAGCUGCUGUAGCCUCGGAGGACCGGGUGUACUACCGAAUUCCACAUGAAGAAAAAGACCUGUUUUUUAAUCUGACAGUCAACUGGGAAUUUCUUUCUAAUGGCUAUAUUGUGGAGAGGAGAUCUGGGAACCUUUCCCAUGUUAGGAUGGAAGUUUCCUCAGGCCCGCCCUGCCAUCUCAGGGGCACAGUUCUGCAUCAGGGCACCCCGUUGGGGACAGCAGCCCUCAGUGCCUGCCAAGGACUGACUGGAUUUUUCCAUCUACCACAUGGAGACUUUUUCAUUGAGCCUGUUAAAAAACAUCCACUGACCGAGGAAGGGUACCACCCUCAUGUCGUAUACAGGAGACAGAGCUCCAGAGCUCCAGAGACAAAGGAGUCCACCUGCGGAUUAAAGGACAGUCUUGGUAACUCUGAGAAACAAGAGCUACAGCGAGAGAAGUGGGAGAGGAAGAACUUGCGCAGCAGAAGCCUGUCCCGGCGCUCCAUAAGCAAGGAUAGAUGGGUGGAGACACUCGUGGUGGCUGACACAAAGAUGGUCGAGUACCAUGGAAGUGAGAAUGUGGAGUCUUACAUCCUCACCAUCAUGAAUAUGGUCACUGGGCUGUUUCACAACCCAAGCAUCGGAAAUGCGGUCCACAUUGUAGUGGUUCGGCUCAUUCUCCUUGAAGAGGAGGAGCAAGGACUGAAAAUAGUUCACCAUGCAGAGAAGACACUGUCCAGCUUCUGCAAGUGGCAGAAGAGCAUCAAUCCCAAGAGUGACCUCAACCCUGUCCAUCAUGAUGUGGCUGUCCUUAUCACCAGAAAGGACAUCUGUGCUGGUGUCAAUCGCCCUUGUGAGACUCUAGGACUGUCUCAACUGUCAGGAAUGUGCCAGCCCCACAGGAGCUGUAACAUCAAUGAAGACUCUGGCCUCCCGCUGGCUUUCACCAUUGCGCAUGAAAUUGGGCACAGCUUUGGCAUCCAGCAUGACGGAAAAGAAAAUGACUGUGAGCCUGUGGGCAGACACCCGUACAUCAUGUCCCAACAAAUUCAGUAUGAUCCCACCCCGCUGACAUGGUCCAAGUGCAGCAAGGAAUACAUCACUCGCUUCUUGGACCGAGGCAGGGGAUUCUGUCUAGAUGAUAUCCCCAGCAAGAAAGGCUUGAAGUCCAACGUCAUUGCCCCUGGAGUUAUUUAUGACGUUCACCACCAGUGCCAGCUCCAAUAUGGCCCAAAUGCUACCUUCUGCCAGGAAGUGGAAAAUGUUUGCCAGACACUGUGGUGCUCCGUCAAAGGUUUCUGCCGCUCUAAGCUGGAUGCUGCUGCAGAUGGGACACGGUGUGGUGAGAAGAAGUGGUGUAUGGCUGGAAAGUGUAUCACAGUGGGGAAGAAACCAGAGAGCAUCCCUGGAGGCUGGGGACGCUGGUCACCCUGGUCACACUGCUCCAGGACCUGUGGGGCAGGAGCUCAGAGUGCAGAGAGGCUCUGCAACAAUCCUGAACCAAAGUUUGGAGGGAAAUACUGUACUGGAGAAAGAAAACGCUAUCGCUUAUGCAAUGUCCACCCGUGCCGCACAGACACUCCCACUUUCCGGCAGGUGCAGUGCAGUGAAUUUGACACGGUCCCCUACAAAAACGAAUUUUAUCACUGGUUCCCAGUGUUUAAUCCAGCACAUCCUUGUGAGCUGUACUGCAGACCCAUAGAUGAACAGUUUUCUGAGAAAAUGCUGGAUGCCGUCAUCGAUGGCACCCCUUGCUUUGAAGGAGGCAGCAGCAGAAAUGUCUGUAUUAAUGGCAUAUGUAAGAAGGUUGGCUGUGACUAUGAGAUUGAUUCCAAUGCUACAGAGGAUCGCUGUGGUGUGUGCCUUGGAGACGGCUCUGCCUGCCAGACUGUGAAGAAGCUGUUUAAACAGAAGGAGGGAUCCGGUUACGUCGACAUUGGACUUAUUCCCAAAGGGGCAAGGGAUAUAAGGGUAAUGGAAAUCAAGGCAGCUGGAAAUUUCCUGGCCAUUAGGAGUGAAGAUCCAGAAAAAUAUUACCUCAAUGGGGGGUUUAUUAUCCAGUGGAAUGGAAAUUAUAAGCUGGCCGGCACCGUCUUCCAGUACGACAGGAAAGGAGAUCUGGAAAAGCUGAUGGCUCCAGGCCCCACCAACGAAUCAGUAUGGCUGCAGCUACUAUUCCAGGUGACUAACCCUGGUAUCAAGUAUGAGUACACGGUCCGGAAGGAUGGGCUUGACAAUGACGUGGAGAAGUUGUUGUACUCCUGGCAGUUUGGCCGCUGGACAGAAUGUAGUGUGACAUGUGGAACAGGUAUUCGCCGGCAGGCUGUUCAUUGUGUCAAGAAGGGCCAUGGGAUAGUGAAGGCUACUUUCUGUAACCCAGAAACGCAGCCCAGCGGGAGACAGAAGACAUGCUAUGAAAAGGAUUGUCCGCCCAGGUGGUGGGCAGGGGAGUGGGAAGCUUGUUCAAUGACAUGCGGGCCCUAUGGAGAAAAAAAGAGAACAGUGCUGUGCCUCCAAACCGUGGGCUCUGAUGAGCAGGCUCUCCCAGCCGCAGACUGCCAGCACCUGCUGAAGCCCAAGGCACUGGUUUCCUGUAACAGAGAUAUUCUGUGUCCAUCAGACUGGACAGUAGGCAACUGGAGUGAGUGCUCUGUUUCCUGUGGUGGCGGAGUCCGGAUUCGCAGUGUCACAUGUGCCAAGAACCAUAACGAACCUUGUGACAAGACACGGAAACCCAACAGUAGAGCUCUAUGUGGCCUCCAGCAGUGCCCAUCUAGCCGUAGACUUCUGAAACCCAAUAAAGCUAUAGUUCCUAGUGGGAAAAACCAACCAACAUCAGAACAUGACCCCUUCAAACCCGUCCCAGCACCUACAUCCUGGCCCACAACCACAAUGCCCGAGUCUGUGAGCACAAGCACUCCAGCAAUCGACAACCUUGGCUCCACCGUAGCAUCUGAAGAACCAGGUGGGAUAGGAUGGCAGAGUAGUUCAACCCAGGCCAAAGAGGACUCCCACUACCUUACUUCCUCCGGAAGCACUUCCCAGCCCCUCUUUACUUCAUGGUCUUCGAGUAUCCAGCCUGAUGAUGAAAAUGUUUCCAGUUCAGCUAUUGGUCCUACUACAGAGGGUGACUUUUGGGCAGCCACAACAAGUGAUGCUGGCUUAUCAUCUAGCAGUGCUGUGACUUGGCAGGUAACUCCAUUUUAUAACACAGAUCCAGAAGUGGAGAUUCAUAGUGGCUCAGGGGAAGACGGUGACCAGCCUACAAAGAAAGAUGAGAACAACCCUGUGAUUUGGAAAAAAAUCACAGUGCCUGAACAUGAUGCCCCCAUGGAGAGGAACGCAGAAAUACCGCUUGGACCUCCACCAACAUCUUAUGUGGAAGAAGAGUCUUUGUGGCCUCCCUUCAGCACAGUGAUGGAAGGCUCACUGCCUGCAUGGUCCUUUAACAAUGAGACACCCAGCGCUGAGGGGAUGAUCACUGAAAAAUCAAGGAACAUUCCACUUCUUCUUGGAGGAGACCAUCAGCCAGCACCCUCAGAGAAGUUGAAAAAUCGUGACCACUUGGCAUUACCAAACAAUACAAAUCCAACCCAAAGCUCUGGGCCUGUCCUGACUGAGGAAGACGCAUCCAUUCUGAUUGCUGAGGGAUUUUUGCUAAAUGUUUCCAACUAUAAACAGCUUAUGAAGGACCACAGCCCUGCAUACUGGAUUGUUGGAAACUGGAGUAAAUGCUCCACCACCUGCGGACUGGGAGCCUACUGGAGGAGUGUGGAGUGUAGCACCGGGAUGGACGCUGACUGCUCAACCAUGCAGAAGCCAGACCCUGCCAAGAAGUGCCACCUCCGCCCCUGUGCCGGCUGGCGAGUGGGAAACUGGAGCAAGUGCUCCAGAAACUGCAGUGGAGGCUUCAAGAUACGUGAGAUACAGUGCAUGGACAGCCAGGACCACCACCGGAGCCUGAGGCCAUUUCACUGCCAGUUCCUGGCUGGCAUUCCUCCUCCACUGAGUAUGAGCUGUAACCUGGAGCCUUGUGAAGAAUGGCAAGUGGAGCCCUGGAGCCAGUGUUCCAGGUCCUGUGGAGGAGGUGUUCAGGAGAGAGAAGUCUCUUGCCCAGGAGGCCUCUGUGACUGGACAAAAAGACCUGCAUCCUCUGUGCCCUGCAACAGACACCUUUGCUGUCAUUGGGCCACUGGGAAUUGGGACCUGUGUACCACUUCCUGUGGCGGUGGCUCUCAGAAGAGGACCAUUCGAUGCAUCCCCUCAGAAAACAGUACAACUGAGGAUCGAGACCACUGCAUCUGUGACCAUGAAGUCAGACCCCCAGAAUUCCGAAACUGCAACCAGCAAGCCUGCAGGAAGACUGCUGAUUUAACUUGCAUGAAGGACAGACUGUCAGCCAGCUUCUGCCAGACACUAAAAUCCAUGAAGAAGUGUUCUGUGCCCUCAGUGAGAGCCCAGUGCUGCCUCUCCUGUCCACAGGCACAGAGCAUCCACACCCAAAGGCAACGCAAACAGCAGAUGCUCCAAAAUCACGACACCCUCUAGGUUCAGAAAGAAGCCACCAUCAGCAUCCUCCAUAUCCUCCUGCCCAAGAACAUCAUCUAGAAGGUCACUUCACUUACAUUUCACUUUACACAUUCUAGGUUCAACUUUAAGUCAUAACAAAACAAAAUGCAAUGUCUGUGUAUGUGUACCCCCAAAAUGUUCCCCACAGAAAGCUUGGGGCUGGCUGCUCCCUCAUAGGAAGCCAAAGUAUCUGAAAGAGUUGUGAAGCAGCUGAGAUGAGUUCCUGGGGAAAGUGCCAGAUUAGGCAAAUCUGGGAAAAGAUGUCUUUUCUCGCUUAAAGA